UUUUGUUAUAGCUUAUUUAUUCUCCACACAUUGCUUCCCAAACACACACACACUCUCUCAGCAUGGGUUCAAUUAACGACGACGUUCCAGAAUUAGAGCAUGGGCUUUUUCAGGUUCUCUUCUUCUUCUUAAUUCUUAUUAUUAUUUUUUUCUUUCUGCAGAUUCUUACUAUUUUCACUGGUGUGAUCAUACCCUACUUCAUCAUAAACCAUCAACAUGGUUGAGGAGGUUGAGAAAGUUGCAUCUCCUUCUUUGAUUCGUUUUGUGCUUCGCGCCUUCAAAUCUUCCUCUUCAGUAUUACACCAGCAAUCAGCAUGAGUUCGAUUAACGACGACGUUCCAGAACUGAAACAAGGACUUUUUCAGGAUGAAAGAGGCGAACAACGCACAUUUCUUCAGGAUGAAAGGGGUGAACAACACACUGGAGAUGGUUCAGUUGAUUUUAAAGGGAGGCCUUCUAUUAAGGACAAAAGUGGCAAUUGGAAAGCUUGUCCAUUUAUUUUAGGCAAUGAAUGUUGUGAACGUUUGGCUUUCUUUGGCAUUGCAACAAACCUUGUUACCUAUCUUACCACUAAACUACACGAAGGAAACGUCUCUGCUGCAAAAAAUGUCGGUAUCUGGCAAGGAACUUGUUAUCUUACACCUCUCAUUGGAGCUGUUCUGGCUGAUAGUUACUGGGGAAGAUACUGGACAAUUGGUGUUUUCUCUAUGAUUUAUUUCGUUGGGAUGUCUAUCUUGACUAUUUCUGCAUCUGUCAAAUCAUUGAAGCCAGCCGAAUGUGUAAAUUCGGUGUGCCCUCCAGCUAGUCCCUUGCAAUAUUAUUUAUUCUACUUUGGUCUCUAUGUAAUUGCAGUUGGGACCGGUGGUGUAAAAUCAUGUGUGUCGCCUUUUGGAGCAGAUCAGUUUGAUGAAACUGAUUCUGAGGGAAAUGUCAAGAAGGCUUCCUUUUUCAACUGGUAUUACUUUUCGAUCAUGAUAGGCGCCAUUGUGUCAUGCACCUUCAUUGUGUGGGUUCAAGAUAACUUAGGAUGGGGUCUUGGAUAUGGCAUUCCUGCUUUAUUUAUGGGGUUAUCCGUUGGGAGUUUCUUUUUAGGUACCUCUCUAUACAGGUUUCAAAAACCAAAGGGUAGUCCUCUUACAAGUAUGUGCCAGGUUUUAAUAGCAUCUGUCCGAAAGCGGAAUUUGGUUGUGCCGGAGGAUAGUAGUCUCCUAUAUGAGACGCGUGACAAGCCAGGAGUUGAGGGAAGUCGCAAACUGAUGCAUCAUGAUGAUAUGAGGUAUUUUGAUAAAGCAGCUGUAGUGUCUGAUUCAGAGAACAGAAGCGGUGACUAUUCUAAUCCAUGGAGGCUUUGCACUGUGACACAAGUGGAAGAAUUGAAAAUCUUGAUUCGCAUGCUUCCAAUUUGGGCUACUGGCAUAAUAUUUUCUGCUGUCUACGCCCAGAUGUCAACAUUGUUUGUGGAGCAAGGAACUAUGAUGCACUUAUAUAUUGGUUCCUUCAAAUUAUCCCCAGCUUCCCUCUCAACCUUCGAUGUGUUAAGUGUUCUUUUUUGGGUCCCUGUCUAUGACAGGAUACUUAUUCCUGUUGCAAGGAAAAUUACAGGCAAAAAAAGGGGCAUUUCCGUGUUUAAAAGAAUAGGAAUUGGCCAUUUUAUUUCUGUCUUGUGCAUGUUAUCAGCUUCUAUUGUGGAGAUUAAACGACUGCAGGUUGCUAGAAAGUUUGACCUUGUCGAUAAACAUGUUCCUGUACCGCUUAGUGUAUUAUGGCAAAUACCUCAAAAUUUCUUAUUAGGUGCAGCAGAGGUAUUCACACUCAUCGGUCAGAUUGAGUUCUUCUAUGACCAAUCACCAGACGCUAUGAGGACGGUAUGUAGUGCAUUGCCACUCGUGAGUUUUUCAUUGGGGAAUUACUUGAGCUCUUUCUUGCUUACUAUAGUAACUUAUUUCACUACACGAGGUGGGAAGCUUGGAUGGAUUCCAGAUAACUUGAACCAGGGACAUCUUGAUUACUUUUUUCAACUAAUGUCUGGACUUUGCUUAUUAAAUACAUUGAUGUACAUAGUUGCCGCCAAAAUGUACAAGCAGAAGAAGAGGUCUUAGGAGUGGAAGCAUGUUUUUGAUAUUUGUUUGUUACCUGUCAUUAGGUAUUAUCAUUUGUCUUGCCUGGUUGUUAUUUCUUUACAAUGGAAGGGAUAUUCAUCCAUGGUACAAUUUUGAAACAUUUUUUAAUUGAGACUUUAUGAUAGUUUAUAUUUUAGUGA